AACAUCACUUUCAAAAUUCAGAAAGCGUUAUUAAUACAUCAUCAGAUAUAAAAUUCGAAAAAGAAUUGAGUUUUGACGAUCACUGGACUCAUUUGUGGGAUAGUCAUUGUGAAGAAGAAUAUUUUUACCAAUAUAAUCAGUUUCUUUUAAAAAGAUUCAGCUUUUCUAACUCAAAAGACGAAACUAAUUAUUGUGAAGAUUAUCAAAUAAAUGAUAGUAAUGCAGAAAUGAAUUCACUCCAGAAUCUUUGUAAGAAAAUUAUUCUUAAAAGUACAGUUGUUGACAAAACAACAGACACAAAGGAGAGUAUUGAUGAAAGUUGUGGUAAAUUAAAUAUUAACGACAAUAAAGAAAACAGUAACUGUGAAAUGACUGAAGAUGGUGACGAUGAAACGCAUAAUGACGAUUUUCAACAAAUGAUGUCUCUUAAUUUGCCAAUAUCUUUCGGAAAUUCACGCACUAAUAAAAAAUAUAAUGACACUUCCUGUUCUAAUGCAAAUGUUUCACAGAUAAAAAAUGAUUCUAUAAAAGCUGCAUUUGAAUUAUUAUGCGUCAAAUUUAACGAAACGAAAGGAGUGAAAACAUUUACUGGCAACGUAAAUUACAAAGUAAAGCACAUUAGACGUCAAAAUCGAAAACUGAAGAUACAUCCUCAAGUUUCUGACCAAACAAAAAUUACACCAAAACACGUAUUUUUUAAUGACGAGGGAGAGAUCAGCGAAACAAAACCGUCCUCUUCAAACAUCUUAAAUGACUGUAAAGAUUUAACUGAGGAAUUGUCAUUGGAAGUUGUGAAAGAUAACGGAAAAUGCAUAGAUGAUAAGUAUGAUGAAGGAAAUGCCAUGUCAACUUCAAACACUGGAAGUGACUAUGAAGAUAAUGAGUAUUUCCCCGAAAAUAAUUUAUUACAGGAUGUAGAAGAACAAGAGAAGUACGCUUACAAAAAAUGCUACCCGAAGAAAAAAAUUAGAAAGAGAAAAGCGAAUCUUCCAAUAGAAAUAAAAAAUAAUGAAAAAUUAAGAAAAUACUGGGGAAGACGAUUUUCUCUAUUUAGCAAAUUUGAUUUAGGUGUUAAAUUAGACGAAGAGAGUUGGUUUUCAGUAACCCCGGAAAAAAUAGCUAAAAAUACAGCACAAAGAUGUCAUUGUGAUGUAAUUAUAGAUGCCUUUUGUGGUGCUGGCGGAAAUUCUAUUCAAUUCGCCUUGACAUGCAAUAAAGUUAUUGCAAUUGACAUAGACCCCAAAAAAAUUCAAUUAGCUCGAAAUAAUGCAGAAGUUUACAAUGUCGCAGACCGCAUAGAGUUCGUUAUAGGUGACUUUUUCCAUUUAGCUGAUAAACUCAAAGGUGAUGUGGUGUUUUUAAGUCCUCCUUGGGGAGGUCCUUCUUAUUUGAAUUUACCUGAUUAUGAUUUGGAAAAAUUUUUACAACCAAAGCCCUUAUCAGAAGUUUUGGAGACGGCCAGAAAGAUUACUGAAAACGUUGCAUUAUUUUUGCCAAGAAACAGUAACAUAUUUCCGCUCCUAGUUUUGUCAGGAGAAGGAAAAAGUGUGGAAAUAGAACAAAAUUUUCUCAAUGACCGAUUAAUAGCCCUAACUGCAUACUAUGGGAGACUCAUCAAAACAUCUGUUUCAUGAAAAAAAAAACUUUACUUUUAAGGACAAACGUCUCCAGCCAACCCUCACCUUAAGUAAUCAAAUAAAAGUGUAUUUUAAUAAUUUUAUAAUGACAAAGUACCUAGUUUUCUGUUCUACUAUCUAUGUUUUUAAUGAUUACUACCAGAUAAGUUUACAUUAGUUUGUAAUAAAAUUGAAAAUAUACAUGUUGUAGGUAUUUUAAAUGUAUUUCAAAAUAUGUGCUGAAUAAAUAA